UGAGAGCCCUGGCCUAGACAUGGUCUGGGACAUCAGUGCAUCUGACGUUUCACUGUAGAGCUUUUUGGUAUUGUCUAUCUAGCUAGGCCUACAUAAUUCAGCUAAUGGGGUCAGUGGCAGCCUUCAUAGGACCUAUUUCAUUGUGGCAGUAACCAGUUGUUUUUGCCUUCUCUACGGACAAGACAAAACAGUGUGGACCUGCCCCUUUAAGAGAAGAGGAGUUCCAGCGAUUUGAAUGCUGCAGAUUCAGAAUCCACAAGUAGCCUACCUGCCAGUAAAAUAGAGCAUUCAAGAGCAGGAGCAGCAGGCAACUAACUGCACUUGCAUCACAACCACACGGUCGUGGACGGAGGAAUGGGGGGGUGUACAGCUAGUUCGAUUUCCCGAUAAGAAGGAAAAGCGCACUACAAUCAAUUAAGAUGGUGUCGUGGAUUAUCUCCAGGAUGGUAGUCCUGGCCUUCGGGACCCUCUACCCGGCCUACUCCUCAUACAAGGCUGUCAAGACGAAGAAUGUGAAGGAAUAUGUGAAAUGGAUGAUGUACUGGAUAGUGUUUGCGUUAUUCACCACAGUGGAGACCCUCACUGACUUGUUCAUGUCCUGGUUUCCUUUCUACUUUGAGUUGAAGAUAGCCUUUGUGAUCUGGCUCCUGUCUCCGUACACUAAGGGCUCCAGCGUGCUCUACCGCAAGUUCGUCCACCCCACCUUGUCCAACAAGGAGAAGGAAAUAGACGAGUACAUCACCCAGGCCAAAGACCGUAGUUAUGAGACUAUGAUGAGGUUUGGAAAGAGGGGGCUGAACUUGGCUGCUACAGCCGCCGUCACCGCAGCUAGCAAGGGCCAGGGUGUGCUGUCGGAGAAGCUGCGUAGUUUCAGCAUGCAGGACCUGACUCUGAUCAACGAUGGGGAGGAGCUGGGCCUGCGUUCCUCUGACCCGCGCAUGAGAAGAGACGCCAUGGACGACACAGUUACUGGAAGUAGCACGUUAUCUAACACACUGCCCCGCGCCAAAGCCACACGCCAGACUCGUUCCUCCAUGGUUCCUCAUCUUGACGAAUCAUCGCAGCACAGCUCGGACCAAUCAGACACCAGGAGCAUCACCACGGAGCAUUCUGACGAGGACGUCUUGGAGAAGGCCCCCGUGAAACGCACGGCCAGCGUCAGGGCAACCAAAAAACCUCCCGCUGCCAAGACAGAGACGACUACUACUACUAAGACGGUGAAAAAGAUGCCAAAGAAGAAGACUGCCACUACAGCUAUAGCCAGCAACAACGGCGAGUCACAAUGAUACCGGAAUCUACUGUCCCGAUCUACACCCUACUGUACGCUACUACACACACACACACACACAGACACCUGUGUGUCUGGACAGUCACUCUUGCCAGUUAAGCGCAACUCACAGGUUUCGUUCUACUAUAUAUGCCCAGCUUCAUUUCAACUCACAGGUUUCGUUCUACUAAUAUGUAUGGCCAGCUUCAUGUCAACAGCACUUUUUAUUUAACCUGCUGCUUACAUUUGAGGUUGUAUAGUCAUUGAUAUCAGUGCAUGUUUUGUUUGAGGUAAUGGCAGUGAUGGCCUGUUAACUGAACUGAAAAUGUGUUGCUUCCUUCCUCCUGUACUGUUUUACAGCCUUCUCUGUGUUGUCUUUCCAAGGCCUCACACUGGAUUGACUUGACUUAAUCCUCUUGGUCCCUUUAGGAGCAUAGGGCAUCCACCCUGGCUCUUCAACUCACUCAAUGUGCGAGGGCUUUUGCGUCUUGCCAGGAGAUUCCUGCUGGAUUAUUGGAGACGCAUUCUUUCUCAGGAUCAGCUUAAGCUGCCUGAGUCCUUAUGUUAUCCAAUGCUAAACUGGCCUUAGAUCAGUGUUUUAAGGGCAGCAUUCCAAUCAGCAUGUUAUCUACUCUAUUGGAAGGUAGUUUGAGGCUGCCAUGUAGGGGAAGGUACUAUAGCGGACUAGGCAUGUCUGGAGGAGAGAGCAGGGAGGCCAGGGAAGAGCGAGAGAGAGGGAGGGGUGCAAAAGAGUUGUGGACCGGACAGACUAGCUCUGCUCAACAUGUCCUUACAACGGAGAUCAGUCUCACGCUGUCUGUGGAAGUCUAUAGGGCCAUGCCCCUAUCCCCUUUGGGAAGUCUGUCUGUACAUGGAGGCGGUCUUGUCGUCUCUGUAAAGCGGAGGACAUUCUGGGAGCACUUAGAUCUCUAACUGUGUUAAGCUCAUGCCAAGGUUUCUCAUAUCAUUCACUCUGCUGUUGUGGAGCAGUGGUGCCCAUCGAGACUGAUAAACACUUGGUCACGCGCUGGCAGAGCGACGAACAGAGCGGUGUGUGUGUGCUCCCUCUGAACAACUCUACCCAUCCUCACUCGGUGCAGAACAGAAAGUCCAGCAGAAAGACCCACAGAUUCAGGCGUCAUUACCUUUUGUGUGUGUGUUGUGUCUCUGCGUGUUUAUAUUUUUGGAACGUGACCACACUUCUGUUCCCCCCCCCUCCCCCUCUCUGUUGACCCAACUGCAUAGAGACAGAAUGACAUUUAGCAUUCUAUGACCACUUAUAAUCACAAACAUUUAUGUGAUUCAUUUAAAACUCAGUACAACCACAUGUUGAUAAUGCGUUUAAAAUCAUUGAGGAUGACAACGUUAAUGGUCCUCUUUAAAUGACUCAAAUGUACAGACAGUACAUAGUAGGCCUCUGCUACACAGACCUAGCAUACUUGGGUUAAAGAAAGUUUAUUUUUAUUUUUUACUUGUAUAGCGCUUUUCAAAGCGUGCACAAAGUGAAACAUUGAAAUGAUGGCGAUUUGAAAAUCUGCUGUUUUUGGGAUGAAGUUGAGGCAAUUUGAGCUGGAAAGUCAUUGUAGGUUCAGAGGAGAGGGCAUCGACGGGACAGCCAAGGAGAAACGAAGAGAGCCUGAAAAAACGGGCCCAGAGCUCUACAACAGUGCACCACCUGCUUUUCUGAAUGGUCAGUCACUCGAUUGGAGUCAGGAAUGUAGCGCCCACCUGGGUGAGGCCACAGCUGCUGAAAAGCCACUACAUCUUGACAGUUGUUAGGAGCAUUCCCUGAACGGUCCCUGAAUUUCCUCUGCUACCUCUGGCUACAGAAUGCAGUUCUUGCUGUAAUCCUUCCAAACGGAUUAAACAAACAAAAAACGGAUUAUUUUGAAUCCAGACAAACCGCUAGCUAUCAAGCCAAAAGAUGGACUUUUCAUCUCAAUCCUGCAACUCUGAGAGUCAAGACCACAGGAUAUAUUAGUUCAGUAACCUUUGCUUUAUUGGGUAGGAUCAAGGAUAUAUAAAUAUUUAGAGCUCUUUGCCUAGGCUAUGUUAUGAUGCCAUGGCAACCACAGAACCAAUAAGCAUAAUCAUCAUAAUAUUAUAACCAUCAAUAACAUCAAUGUCUUACACUGCAGCGCUUUAGCCUAGCUAUACUGUACUCUCCUGUGUCUGACAACCAAACAUUUUAAUUGAAUUGUGUUAGACUUGUGCUUUAGGGUUAUAUUUGGUUACUCUAAAUUGACAUUUAGCGUCAGGGUGGUGUUGUGCCCUAUUAGGAAGACUGAUCUGAGGGAUCAACUACUAUCAUAGUCCUAAAUUGUCACACUAGGUGUUGUCAACUAUUGUAGCCUAUAUGACUAAUGUCACACACUACUUAUAUUCCUGAAUAGGUUUGUUAUGCAUGACAUAUCUCUACUUCUGGGCCUGUAUCCACGAAGCGUCUCCAAUUAGGAGUGCUGAUCUAGGAACGGGACCCUACCUGUCCCUAUAAUCAUAUCAAGGAAUCAAAUCUGAAGGGCCUAGAUCAGCACUCCCACGCUGAGGCGCUUUAAGGACACGGGGCCCAGAUGUCUGUUAAUCCAGGGUCUCGACCAUAUCGUUGUUUCUCUGAAAGAGAGCAGCUAAACUAGCAUAUCCUCGUCAUCUGACAGUAGCCACCUCAAACAUGGUGGGAACUGGCUUACCCUGUUAGAUAGAUGUAAGGAUACUGUGGAUAAAUGAUCUUCCAAUAGUGUCUAAAACUGUUAAAACGAUGUGCCCUGCUAGUGUUUUUCUUUAAAAAUAUGUAUACAUCCAUAGCAUACAGGUGGGUUUUUGGACGAGUGUUCUUUAGGGCAUCUAAUCAAAUGCCCUUUAAACUAUUGCCUUGUCUGAAAUCUAACCCUAACCUUGUCCCUACCCUCAGGCACCUCUUGUCAAUCUCCCCUGGAUACUGUGGUAGAGUGCAAAGGAUUGCAUUUUUUAUAUUAGCUAUAUAAAAAAAAUAAUAAACCUGUGACAAGAGCACCACCUAGCUUCCUUGUAGAUUAGGUUGAGUUUCCACCAUGUUGUGCUUUGUCUUACACCUAUCUGAUCCUCUCAUAUCCAGGACUGUGUUGGGUUCAUUUGAACGUAAGGAGUUGAUUUUUGGACUGGGCGUGCUUUAUGGGUUCCUUUUUGCUUUGGGCAGGUUUUAUUUGGAGUUCCCUUUUUAAUGAGUCUAAAUUGAAAGCAUGAGACUACUGCACUUGUGUGUUGCUGCUGUAUGCAGUGUGACACUGAUUUGAACCAGUAGUGGGAGACAUACUCCAACCGUUUUAGAGAUACUGAAGUGUUACAAGUUACUUCCAUGUACACACGAUGUAAAAGUAAUUUUCUGAUUGUAUAAAAUAGUUUGCUUGCCUUAUUCUUCAUGAAUACAUAGUUUUUUUUUUUCUUUUUAAGACUUGAUUUGUAUUCUUUUUGGGUUUUAAAAUUAAAUCAUUUUGGAUUUCCUUAAGAGGAGGCACCUCAACCCCUCUAAAGUCUUAUUCUGUGAAGAGUGCUACUUGUUUUUUUUUAUUGUUUUUUUUAAAAUCUCUUCUUGAUUUUUCUGUCUCAAGAAGAGCCAUUUUAAUUAAUCAGUGAACGACCAAUAACAGUUGCUUUCCUUGUCCCAGUCCUGUAGGAAUUUGCUCAGAGAAUGGGAAUUUCUCAGUCUGGUAUUCCGAAAAUGUUGUGUUUUGAAGUCAUGUAGCCCGAAGCGGUCUUUUACAGUGUCUGCUCCCCCCUUUCUAUCAGGCUGGCUGCAUAUUCCACGAAGGCUAUUCGAUUGUGUACUUUUUUCUGUUUUAAUUUGCUACAGUUUGCACUGAAGAGAAGAUGGCCUAUUGAACGCUUUCUAGCUGUUAUUACAUUACUUGACAUUUUAAUGUUCAUUUUUUGGAUAUUUAUUUUUGGAAUCAGUAAUCAAUAAUCAGUAUUGUGUACAGGAAGUCUCAUUGUGAGAAUAUUCUGGAUAUGAAUAUUGUUUUUGCCAAUUAUCAAUACUUCCACUGUAAUUAAGGAUGACAGUCAUGUACCAAUAACUGCUACUAAUAAAGAAAACUUAUUACACUC